UGGCGCCUGUUGUUGAGCGAACAAAUAGCAGAACUCCUGCCCGGGACACAAACAGCUUCAGCUCCUCCGUGCUGGUCAACACCGAUCCAUCAUAAUUCUUGGAAAUUCGGUUAAAGCAUCAUGUCAGGAAAGAGAGCCCCUUCCUGUCACCUGGUGUUUGACGACCACAGGAAAGGAGACAUCCUCAUGCACGACGUGCACGUGCCAGGUCACGGGGUCACUAUGUACACAUACUACUGCUGCAUGCAGUGGAACACAUGUCUGAACGGGGGAGGUUACUGCGGCAUCCAAGAGCACCCAAAUGGUCAGUGCUACAUAUUUUCUAUCUGGGAUCCCAUGACUACGAAGGAAGCCAUUACGCAUGUUUAUAAACACCCUGGCACAAAGGUGGAAAACUUUGGUGGAGAGGGUACCGGGUUGAAGUCCAUGAACUUUGACAUUGGAUGGAAGGCUGAUCAAUGGUACACUCUGGUCACCAGAAGAUGGGACUACAAAGGACAUUCCUACUUUGGGUUUUGGGUUCGGAACCAUUCCGCUGACAAAUGGGAGCACGUGGUUACCAUGGAUUUUCCAGUCCCGGAUAUCUGGUUCCAGACCAAUACGAAAUCUUUCAUUGAGGACUGGAGUGGAAAUGGGGAGAAGUACAGGCGAGUCCAUUUUCAGAAUGGGUACAAGAGAAGAGAUGAUAAAUCCUGGCAUCCCUUCGCCAACGCCAAGUUCCACGUUCACCAGGAAAAAGCAUGCGAAAUGUACAACGACAACUACGAUGGGGACGUCACUGCGACGGCUUCUUCAUGCAGUCGGGAUGCGGAACGACUCCGUGUGCGGAGCUGGUGCGAGGUCGUGAUGUCUGCUGCGACAAGGUGGCGUCGCCUGAGCCCUGUAACGUUCCCAUUUCCUUUACAGCAUCAGCAUCAGCCGACAAGGUCACGUGGGCUGUGCCCGAAUCAGCUACGCCACAGUUUGCCUACACCAUCAUUGUUGACGGCACAGAAGUUACCAGUGAUGUUGACCCCGAGGUUAGGUCACGUGACAUCACAGUUCCUGGAAAGGAAGUUGAGGUCAUCCUUGAGGACAUUCUGGGCAGGAAGACAUCCUCGAAGGUUUCCGUAAAAGAAGAGACCUCUUCGGACGACUCGGAAUGACCCUCGUUCCAGUUGUGACCCUCGUUACAGACGUUACGUAGUUUCUGGUAGAAUAUAAAUAUUUGUUGAGAUUUCAGGAGAAUGGGCAGUUAACAUAACAUUCUACUUCUUCCAAUGGAACAUUUACCUGUGGUAUUCUGCUUUGAAUUAUUUCUGUCAAAAAAUUCAUAUCUGACAUGUGCAAUUUAUGCGUAUUUACAGGUUGCAAUAUCAUCUUUAUGUAUUGAAUUUCUCUGUUAUAUUUCUUAUAUUUCUUAAAAUUAAUGCAUUAGUUCGUUCACACAUGUCUCCAUGUUGUACUCUUUUCUUUUCAUGCACGGUUGUUCUUGUCGAUAUCUAUAUAACCAUGUCGAUUGUCGUGUACAACGUCAAUAUCAUUGACAAAUAUAUGCCGCAAACGAUAUGAAUCAUGA